UAUUUUUUUCCUACAAAACGUUUUCACUUAUGUAGACACUGGUAUUGUGUUGGAGAUAGUGAAAAUGAGGUUGAAAAGUGAUGGAGUUGCCCUUUAAGUGAGAGCUGGGUCAUACACAUUAGUGCCUACAUAGAAAAACAUUUUGCAACGGAAAACUAAAACAAGUGCAGGCUGUCCCUCCCCGCUUUGGCCUGUUUGAAAAGAGGAAGAAUGGGGAAUUGUAGAGUUAAUGUGCUGGUCCUUGUGUUGUUACAUAACAUGUUUAUUUUUCCACAGUUUGCAACAACAAAAAAACAUUCCUGUCCUUGUUCUUUAUUUAGGUGUGGAAGCAGUGCAGAUAGUUCAACUGCAGAAUACAUUUUAAGAUUCAGAGAGGUCUGUUGUAUCCAAUAGUCUGAAUCAGUGCUAGUGCAAAGUCUUGGCUCCACCUCCUCCUGCUAACAGUUGUAAAUUGUUUUUUUCUCAGCUGUACAUAAAAGAAGAAAGGGAUCCAUUUUGAGACAACACAGCUGUGUGCUGUUGAAGGGUGACCUGUAGGACGUUUGGUUCCUCCUAUUGAAUACCACCCUGGUUGGAUCUAAGAAAUGUACAUCUUGAGACAAUGAAACAGAAUACACUGAUUUAUAGACAAGGAAAUAAGGGAAGUUAGAGAAUUCACGUGUUGGUCCUUGUGUUUGUUCACCGCGUGUUUUUCCCUCGAAGAAAAAAACGUACAGUUCCUCUAAUUCUUCCUUAUUUGGGCGUGGAAGCAGUGCAGAAAGUUGAACUGUUUCUGUGCACAAUCUAUUUUAAGAUUGAGAUAAGUCUGUUGUAGCUAAUAAGAUGGUGACUGAAGUGUGACACCAGACAGGCAGACACGUCGCUAGGACAACACGAUUAAGCAGAAGACAUAGCGUUCACAUCAUGCUACAGAACUGGAUCCCGGUUCCCGGUGUUUAUCCCUAUUUUACACAUACACUACCUGCCUCACUUGAAAAAACAACCUCCCCAACAUUUUAACAGGUGAUUGAAGACAGGAGCGAUCUCUUGAGAGAUCUCAAUCUCCCUAGACGACUUUGUUUUGGGGUCUUGUCAACAUGUUAUCUGCUAUUUUGUUUCGUAGUGUCUGAUGAUCUACAAUGGCCUCAUCUGUACCAGAGCUGCUUCUGGCCACUCUGAAUCAGCUGGCUGAUGAUGAGUUGAAGACAUUUAAAUGGUACCUGAAGCAACAUGACGGAUUUAUAUCUCAGAUGGGCUUAUAUCCCAUUUCAAAGAGUCAGUUAGAGAAAACUGACAGAGAGGACACAGUGGAUAAGAUGACAGAGACCUACGGUUAUGUGGACACACUGAAGAUCUCACUGGAGAUACUGAGGAGGAUUAACCACAACAAUCUUGCAGAGAAGUUAAAGACUGACUAUGAAAUAGGUCCGCAGUCUGGGACGGGUCCUGAUCAGCCCCAAGCGUCAGCAGCAGUAUCAGCAGACACACCACCCACACACAGCCUGAACACAAGCACCUCAACACCAAGGGUCUACCCUGACACCAACCAACCAUACCACGAGACUACACAGGAGUGGAAACUUCCAGGCUCAACAACAGAUGGGUCUGCAUACCAUUGGAAACUCAAGUCUUACCUGAAAGAUGCCUACACAAAUAUAUUUGAGGGGAUACCUGAGGCAGGAAAUUCAGUACAUCUAAAUGAGAUCUACACAGAGCUCUACAUCACAGAGGGUGGAAGAGGAGAGGUCAUAACUGGACAUGAGGUGAGGCAUAUUGAGACAACAACCAGGAGACCAGCAAGACCAGAGACAUCAAUCAAAUGCAAUGACAUCUUUAAACCCUCAACUGGACGAGGCAAACGUAUCAGAACUGUGCUGACAAAGGGAGUCGCUGGCAUUGGAAAAACAGUCUCUGUGCAGAAGUUCAUUCUGGACUGGGCUAGAGGAAACGCAAAUCAAGAUAUUCAUUUCAUUUUCCCACUCCCUUUUCCAGAGCUGAAUUUAAUGAAAAAGGAACAGCAUAGCUUCGUUGGCAUUGUAGAUCAUUUUUUUGUAGGCGUGAAAGAAUCAGGAAUUUUCAAGAAUGACAAUUUCAAAUUUCUGUUUGUCUUUGAUGGUCUGGAUGAGUGCCGACUGCCCCUAGACUUUGAAAAUAACAAGAGUUGCCGUGAUGUAACAAAGUCAACCUCAGUGGACGUGCUGCUGACAAACCUCAUCCACAGGAAGCUGCUUCCCUCUGCUCUCCUCUGGAUAACCUCCCGACCUGCAGCAGCCAAUCAGAUCCCUCCUGAAUGUGUUGACCAGGUGACAGAGGUACGAGGGUUUAACGAUCCACAGAAGGAGGAGUAUUUCAGGAAGAGAUUCAGUGAUGAUGAGGACGUGGCCAGCAAAAUAAUCACUCACAUAAAGACGUCAAGGAGCCUCCACAUCAUGUGCCACAUUCCAGUCUUCUGUUGGAUUUCUGCCACAAUUCUUGAAGACCUGUUGUCUGGAAAGAAGACAGGAGAGAUACCCAAGAACCUGACUGAGAUGUACUCACAAUUCUUUGUAUUUCAGUCCAAACAGAAGAAUAGGAAGUAUCAUGGAAAUGCAGCGUCACACUGGAAUAAAAAGAUUAUCAUGAAAAUGGGUAAGCUGGCUUUUCAACAGCUUCAAAAUGGCAACCUGAUCUUCUACGAGUCAGACCUGAAAGAGUGUAGCAUUGAUGUCACUGAAGCCUCAGUGUACUCAGGAGUGUGCACACAGAUCUUUAGACAGGAGACUAGGAUUUCCAAGGAGAAGGUGUACUGCUUUGUGCAUCUCAGCAUACAGGAGUUUCUUGCUGCUGUAUACGUCUUUCUCUCAUUCAACAACAGAAAUCUAAAUCUAUUGUCUAAGACACUGUCAACCCCCCGAAGGCUUCUCACGCAGUUCAGGACAAUAUCUACAAUUGAAGUCCACAAGCGUGCAGUGGACAAGGCCUUACAGAGUAAGAAUGGACACCUGGACUUGUUCCUCCGUUUCCUUCUGGGCCUCUCACUGGAGUCCAAUCAGAUUCUCUUACGAGGCCUACUGAACGAAAGAACAAGAAGAUUAGAGGACAAUGAGGAAACAGUCAAGUACAUCAAGGAGAAGAUCAGGAAGAAUCCCUCUCCAGAGAGGUGCAUCAAUCUGUUCCACUGUCUGAAUGAACUGAAUGAUAAUUCUCUAGUGGAGGAGAUCCAAAGAUACCUGAAUUCAGGAAAUCUGUCCAAAACCAACCUGUCACCUGCACAGUGGUCAGCUCUGGUCUUUGUGUUGCUGACUUCAGAAAAGGAGCUGGAUGUGUUUGACCUGAAGAAAUACUCCAGAUCAGAGGAAGGUCUUCUGAGGAUGCUGCCAGUGGUCAAAGCCUCCAAAACCGCUCUGCUUAGUGGGUGUAACCUCACUGUGAAAUGCUGUGAAGCCUUGGCCUCAGCUCUUUACACAACCUUUAAACAACACCUGAGAGAGCUGGACCUGAGUGACAAUGACCUGCAGGAUUCAGGAGUAAAGCUGCUUUCUGCUGGACUGGAGAAUCCACAGUGUAAACUGGAGACUCUGAGGCUGUCAGGCUGUCAGGUCACAGAGGAAGGCUGUGCUUCUCUGGUCUCAGCAAUGAGGUUAAACCCCUCCCACCUGAGAGAGUUGGACCUGAGUGACAAUGACCUGCAGGAUUCAGGAGUGAAGCUGCUCUCUGCUGGACUGGGGAAUCCACACUAUGAACUGAAGACACUGAGGCUUCUUAGAUGCAACAUCACAGAGAAAAGUUGUGAAUUUUUUGCUUCAAAUCUCAACUCCUCAAACCUGAAAGAGCUGGAUGUGAGUGAAAACAACCUGCAGGAUUCAGGAGUGAAGCUGCUCUCUGCUGGACUGGGGAAUCCCCACUGUAAACUGGAGACACUGAGAGUUAGAGGAUGUAACCUCACAGAGAAAAGCUGUGAAUUUCUGGCCUCAAAUCCCAACCCCUCCCACCUGAGAGAGUUGGACCUGAGUGACAACAACCUGAAGGAUUCAGGCGUGAAGCUGCUCUCUGCUGGACUGGGGAAUCCCCACUGUAAACUGGAGACUCUGAGGCUGUCAGGCUGUCUGGUCACAGAGGAAGGCUGUGCUUCUCUGGUAGCAGCAAUGAGGUUAAACCCCUCCCACCUGAGAGAGUUGGACCUGAGUGACAAUGACCUGAAGGAUUCAGGAGUGAAGCUGCUCUCUGCUGGACUGGAGAAUCCACACUGUAAACUGGAGACACUGAGGCUGUCAGGCUGUCUAGUCACAGAGGAAGGCUGUGCUUCUCUGGUCUCAGCUCUGAAGUCAAACCCCUCACACCUGAGAGAGCUGGACCUGAGCUACAAUCACCCAGGAGACUCAGGAGUCAGACUGCUCUCUGCUGGACUGGAGGAUCCACACUGCAGACUGGAGAACCUUGACAUUGAAAAUGGUGAAAAGUGCAGAAUCAUACCAGGGCUGAAGAAAUAUGCCUGUGAUGUCACACUGGACCCAAACACAGCAUACAGAUACCUCUCUCUGUCUGAGGAGAACAGGAAGGUGACUGGGGGGAAAGAGGAUCAGAUGUAUCCUGAUCACCCAGAGAGAUUUAACUACUGGGACCAGAUUCUGUGUAGAGAGGGUCUGACUGGGCGCUGUUACUGGGAGGUAGAGUGGAGUGGGAGGGGUCGUAUAGGAGUGGCAUAUAAAGGAAUCAGCAGGAGAGGAUACAGUAAUGACUGUGUGCUGGGAGCCAAUAACAUGUCUUGGACUCUAUGGACCUCUAAUAACAGUUACUCUGCCUGGCACAAUAACAAGGAAACUAACAUACCUGUUCCAUCCCCCCACUCCAACAGAGUAGGAGUGUAUCUGGACUGGCCAGCCGGCACUCUGUCCUUCUACAGAGUCUCCUCUGACACACUGACCCACCUGUACACAUUCCACACCACAUUCACUGAGCCCCUCUACCCAGGGUUUUGGGUUUGGACAGACUCCUCAGUGUCCCUGUGUCAGGUAAAACCUUUUCAUUAGGAAAGCUGGGAUCUUGUUGUUAUUGACUGAUGUUUGUAAAUAAUGAUGUUUUGUAGAAUGUUUAUUUUGUCAAAUUGUUGAUGUGACAACCUAGCUUCUGUUUGAAUUCGGUUCCACUGAAUGGGACGUUCCUGGUUCAAAUUGAGUCACAUAAAGACAAAUAAAGCUGUUGUUUUAAAACACAUUAAAGAUGUUUGCUUUUUUUAUCCUAUGAAAGAAGAAUGGGCUGUUAAUUAAAUGUAGUGUUUUGGUGGAAAACCUCUCUGUCAGAAACCUACACAACGCUCACAGCCCUCUCCAUUGUUGUAGACAGGGCAAACAGGACCAUGUGAUAAGGAAACGCUCACAGCCCUCUCCAUUGUUGUAGACAGGGCAAACAGGACCAUGUGAUAAGGAACACCAAAAACUCCAGAGGAAUUAAUUAAAAUGUGAUCCUGGUUUAUUUUAGGAUACAUAAAGAGGAUGCUUCAUAGACAACAAUAAUUAGAGAUCAUCUGCAAUAAACCUUUAACCUCACAGAACAAUGUAAACCAACAUAGCAAUGCUUCUACUAUUGUUAAUGGUUAACAGGAAAUCAACGAUACACAGUUCUCUAUACAAUACUGACUGGGCUGGUUAACAAGACAGGUAUCAUCCUCACUGUAAUCCUCAUCCCCUUCAUCAUGGCCAUAUUAUAGAGCCUCUACAGUGCUAAUGGUGGAGCCUAAGCUACUCCUUCCUGUUACUGCUGCUAUAAAAAAAAAAAAAAAACAGGCAUU